AUGAGCGGUUACGGGCGGAGAACGGCGGCGGCCAAUGGAGCGGCGGCAGGAAGUGAGCGCGCGCGCGCGAGCGCACGGUAGAGGGAAGGAGGUGUUGGCGAGGAGCUGCAGCAGCCAUGUGGCCGGUCCUCUGGGCGACCAUGCGGGCUUACGCCCCUUACGUCACCUUCCCUGUGGCCUUUGUGGUCGGGGCGGUGGGUUACCACCUUGAGUGGUUCAUCCGCGGCCAGCCACCCCCUCAGCCACCUGAGGAGGAGGAGAAGAGCAUCUCAGAGAGGCGGGAAGACCGCAAGCUUCAGGAGAGUGCUGGAAAGGACCUCACCCAGGUGGUCAGCCUCAAAGACAAGCUGGAAUUUGCCCCCAAAGCUGUGCUCAACCGGAACCGCCCCGAGAAGAACUAGGGGUGCUUCCCAGCCAUCUUCCUGGCCAGUGAGAGUUCCUUCCUGUUCGGCAGAGGGAUUCUGAUUGGUUCUGUGUGGUACUGAAUGUCGGUUUUCUGAUUCUGUCAUUGUUGAGCCCGCCAAGCCCAGCCAAUGGCUGCCUGCCGAUUUUGCCACCUUCACCCUACUUUUGCUCCCAUUGAAGGAUUGGUAGAGCCACUGAGAUCCAUUCGAGGGGGGGAGGGCAGACUUUGUGACUUGGCACAUCUAUCCAUUGACGGCAGGAUGACACUUUUUCUGUUGGGGUUAUUGGUCAACUGCCCCUGUAGUCUUGGCAAAAGUUCGGCCAUGGCGAACCAGGGUUCGCCUUUCUCUGGCCGUAUGUUUCCUUGGCACAGGCAGGAUUUAAAACGAGCACCCCUGAAGUAUGGCAUCCCUCUGUUAGGGGAGAUUCCUUGUUUAGAUGGCCUUGGAGACUACUGCCAUCACCUGCCCCCGUUCCUGCUUCAGGAUGGGUGACCUGAAAGACCGUUCAAGACUUCUGGAUGCAAGAGCAGCUGUAGAUGUCAUGCAGGAUACAUACGCUUCUCCACACUGCUGCUGUUGAAGGAAUUGCACAUCUCUUUUCCCGAGCAAUUUCUGCGUGUAGAAAUUGGGGAGGGUUGUGGCGGUGGUUACUGGCGUCUUGGGCAUGGGUCUGCCGUUGAAACUAAUAAUAAUAAUAAUAAAAAAAAACAGGUUGACAA